AUGUCCCUUCGCUCCGCUGUGUCAUGUCCAAAAGGGCGCCGCGGAGGCAACAUUGAACAUGCGGCCGGAGUGACGCAGGCGGCAGCGAUAUUGCGAGGAACCCACUUGGUAGCACGCCACAUUUCUCCUGCCGCCACAUCUUCAAUGUGUGGGAGUCGCGCCGGGUGCGUGGUCGUGGCCAAGCCCCACGACCGCUACCAGCCGCGACGGAUCCUGCGCGACCACCUGAACGACCCGUCCGCAAUCGCCAAUGUCCUGCGAUAUGCAACCUUACCCGUUAUGGGACGACUUGACCCAGAGCGCUACGCCGCCCUGACCCAGUCCGGGGGCGCCAAGGCCGAUGACCUGGCUCCCGACCAGUACCACGUGAUCCUGUUCUUGCCGGCCGCGUCCUCAGAGUUCCCGUCGGGCGGCCGGGAGCCGAGGGACGCCGCUCUGGACGCCGUGGGCCAGGUGGCGGCCGAGGUCGCGGGCCCCGACCUCACCUUUUCCUGGCUCUCUAUGUACGGCUGGACUGCAGGACGACCCGACCGCCAGGGACAUCUCGCGGUCCUACGGCCUAGACGAGCGCAGCGCGUCCUGGUCGCCGUGAACCUCCACGCCAAGACGGUCACCGUGUACCCUCACGCCGACCUGGCCCCUUCGUCUCUCCUGCCGUGGCUGCAGGAGGUCAGGGUGGGCGCCUUGGAGCACACCCUGACGCUGGCCGACAACGCCUGGGAGCCCAGUCUGGCAGGAAUCGACUACCUGCGGCUGUUGGAGGAGGACGCGGUGCGCGAGGCCGAGGACAACCUUAUCCUCGAGAUGGAGGCCGACCUCAGCACUCGAGCCUCUGCGGACGACGAGCUCCUGGACCCGCUGUUCGCCCACGAGGAACUGUGACUGGGACGUCAGCUGCUCGCCGAGUCUGACAGCAUCUGGUUGACGGCGGAAUGCUGUUGGAUUAUGCUAUAUUGAGUGCGUGGACUCUGUCUUUUCUUUCUUCCUCUUAUCCUCCUUGUUUUCCUCUUUUUUUGUUACUUCUGUUUGUUCUUCUCCACCUUCCUCCUCCUUCUCCUCCUUCUCUUCUUCUACUUCCCCCUCCUUUUCUU